AUGCUUACAAGGAACUGUUUAUCCCUGCUUCUCUGGGUCCUGUUUGAUGGAGGUCUCCUAACACCACUUCAACCACAGCCACCACAGACUUUAGCCACAGAACCAAGAGAAAAUGUUAUCCACCUGCCAGGGCGGCGACCACAUUUCCAACGAGUUAAACGUGGCUGGGUAUGGAAUCAGUUUUUUGUGCUGGAGGAAUACAUGGGCUCCGAGCCUCAGUAUGUGGGAAAGCUCCAUUCCGACCUAGAUAAAGGAGAGGGUACUGUUAAAUACACCCUCUCAGGAGAUGGCGCUGGCACCGUUUUUACCAUUGAUGAAACCACUGGGGACAUUCAUGCAAUAAGGAGCCUAGACAGAGAAGAAAAACCUUUCUACACACUUCGAGCUCAGGCUGUGGACAUAGAAACCAGGAAGCCCCUGGAGCCUGAAUCAGAAUUCAUCAUCAAAGUCCAAGAUAUUAAUGAUAACGAGCCAAAGUUUUUGGAUGGACCUUAUGUUGCGAGUGUCCCAGAAAUGUCUCCUGUGGGUGCCUAUGUGCUCCAGGUCAAGGCCACGGAUGCAGACGACCCGACCUAUGGAAGCAGUGCCAGAGUCGUUUACAGCAUUCUUCAGGGACAACCUUAUUUCUCUAUUGAUCCCAAAACAGGUGUUAUUAGAACAGCUUUGCCAAACAUGGACAGGGAAGUCAAAGAACAAUACCAAGUCCUCAUCCAAGCCAAGGAUAUGGGCGGACAACUAGGAGGGCUAGCUGGAACAACAGUAGUCAACAUCACCCUCACUGAUGUCAAUGACAAUCCACCUCGGUUCCCCAAAAGCAUCUUCCAUCUGAAAGUUCCUGAGUCUUCUCCUAUUGGCUCAGCUAUUGGAAGAAUAAGAGCUGUGGAUCCUGAUUUUGGACAGAAUGCAGAAAUUGAAUACAAUAUUGUUCCAGGAGAUGGGGGAAAUCUGUUUGACAUCAUCACAGAUGAAGAUACACAAGAAGGAGUCAUCAAAUUGAAAAAGCCAUUAGAUUUUGAAACAAAGAAGGCCUACACUUUUAAAGUCGAAGCCUCCAACCUUCUCCUUGACCACCGGUUUCAGUCUGCGGGCCCUUUUAAAGACACGGCCACCGUGAAGAUCAGCGUGCUGGACGUGGACGAGCCGCCGGUUUUCAGCAAGCCGCUCUACACCAUGGAGGUUUACGAAGACACUCCGGUUGGGACCAUCAUUGGCGCCGUCACUGCGCAAGACCUCGAUGUGGGCAGUAGUGCUGUUAGGUACUUCAUAGAUUGGAAGAGUGAUGGGGACAGCUACUUUACAAUAGAUGGAACUGAAGGAACCAUCGCCACUAAUGAAUUACUAGACAGAGAAAGCACUGCACAGUAUAAUUUCUCCAUAAUUGCGAGUAAAGUUAGUAAUCCAUUAUUAACUAGCAAAGUCAACAUAUUGAUUAAUGUGCUAGACGUCAAUGAAUUUCCUCCAGAAAUAUCUGUGCCAUAUGAGACAGCUGUGUGUGAAAAUGCCAAACCAGGACAGAUAAUUCAGAUAGUCAGCGCCGCAGACCGAGAUCUUUCACCCGCUGGGCAGCAAUUCUCCUUUAGAUUAUCGCCCGAAGCUGCCAUCAAACCAAAUUUUACAGUCCGUGACUUCAGAAACAACACAGCUGGAAUUGAAACCCGAAGAAAUGGAUACAGCCGCAGGCAGCAAGAACUGUAUUUCCUCCCUGUUGUAAUAGAAGACAGCAGUUAUCCUGUCCAGAGCAGCACAAACACAAUGACUAUUCGAGUUUGUCGAUGUGACUCUGAUGGUACCAUCCUGUCUUGUAAUGUAGAAGCAAUUUUUCUACCUGUAGGACUCAGCACUGGAGCUUUGAUUGCAAUCCUACUGUGCGUCGUUAUACUCUUAGCCAUAGUUGUGCUGUAUGUAGCUCUGCGAAGGCAAAAGAAGAAAGAUACCCUGAUGACCUCUAAAGAGGACAUCAGAGACAACGUUAUCCACUAUGAUGAUGAAGGAGGGGGUGAGGAGGACACCCAGGCUUUCGACAUCGGUGCUCUGAGAAAUCCAAAAGUGAUUGAAGAUAACAAAAUUCGCAGGGAUAUAAAACCAGACUCUCUCUGUUUACCUCGUCAGAGACAACCCGUGGAAGAUCACACAGACAUAAGAGAUUUCAUUAAUCAAAGGCUACAGGAAAAUGAUGUGGACCCAACAGCCCCACCAUACGAUUCAUUGGCAACAUACGCCUAUGAAGGCAAUGGAUCCGUAGCAGAGUCUCUUAGCUCCAUAGACUCUGUCACCACGGAAGCUGACCAGGACUAUGACUAUCUGACGGACUGGGGACCCCGCUUUAAAGUCUUGGCAGACAUGUUUGGUGAAGAAGAGAGUUAUAACUCUGAUAAAGGCACUUAG